AGCUUACUUUCUUAACUGGCUUGCUUUCCAAGUGCCAAAGCCAUGCCAUCUUUUCCCAUUUUAAAUAGUUUGGGGAAGCUGUGUGGAUCAGGCAAAAGCAAGAGGUUGGUGACCGAGCGGAUCAAGUACAGAAAUUCUGUCAGAAGAAUGUCUGUUAUAGAGGAUGGUGAUAUUGCAGAGGUCUUGUACCUCAUCCCUAAGCAGUCUGUGAUGAAACACCUGCCAUAUCUGAAUCCAGAUGACUACUAUUUGUGUGAAUGGUUAUCUGAUGGUCCAGAAGAUUCAGUGGCCCAUCCUCAGGAGCCUCACCAUCCCACAGAGAAGCCUGUCAUCCACUGCCAUAAAUGCGGCGAGCCGUGUAAAGGAGAAGUGCUUCGUGUCCAAGCCAGGCAUUUUCACAUCAAGUGUUUUACCUGCAAAGUGUGCGGGUGUGACUUGGCUCAAGGUGGCUUUUUUAUUAAAAAUGGGGAAUACCUUUGUACCGUGGAUUACCAGCGGAUGUACGGGACCCGGUGCAAUGGCUGUGGAGAGUUUGUGGAAGGAGAAGUCGUCACUGCUCUUGGGAAAACCUAUCAUCCCAACUGCUUUGCCUGCACUGUGUGCAAACGUCCUUUCCCACCAGGAGACCGGGUUACUUUUAAUGGGAGAGACUGCCUCUGUCAAAUGUGUGCUCAGCCAAUGUCAUCGAGUCCAAAAGAACUCUCCACUUCUAGCAAUUGUGCAGGCUGUGGACGAGACAUAAAAAAUGGGCAAGCAUUGCUGGCACUGGAUAAGCAGUGGCAUCUUGGAUGCUUCAAGUGCAAGGCCUGUGCAAAGGUCCUGACUGGCGAAUACAUCAGCAAAGAUGGUGCCCCUUACUGUGAAAAGGACUAUCAAGUUCUCUUUGGGGUCAAAUGUGAAGCAUGUCACCAGUUCAUCACUGGGAAAGUUCUAGAGGCAGGUGACAAGCAUUACCAUCCAAGCUGUGCACGAUGCAGCAGGUGCAACCAAAUGUUCACAGAAGGAGAAGAAAUGUACCUGCAAGGUUCUACAGUUUGGCAUCCGGACUGUAAGCAGUCCACAAAGGGAGAAGAAAAGCUACGGCAUUCUUCAUCUGGUUUCUUUUAUCCAAAGAGUUUGGUUCUUCGCAGGCCACCUUCUUCAGAGCCUACAAGAACUUCCUCAGAAAGUAUUUAUUCUAGACCUGGAUCCAGCAUACCUGGCUCACCAGGGCAUUCAAUCUAUGCAAAAGUAGACAAUGAGAUCCUUGAUUAUAAGGAUUUAGCAGCCAUUCCCAAAGUCAAGGCCAUUUAUGACAUUGAGCGUCCAGACCUAAUUACUUAUGAGCCCUUCUACACUUCCGCCUACGAGGAGAAACAGGAGAGGCAGAGUCUUGGAGAGACUCAGAGUUCAAGAUAUGGCAGUUCUCCUGUGCAGGAUGAAAGUUCUCCAAGAACACUCUCUCCAACCCCAUCUGCAGAAGGCUAUCAAGAUAUUCGGGAUCGGAUGAUACACCGGUCUACCAGCCAGGGUUCCAUUGGUUCUCCUGUGUAUAGUCGUCACAGCUACACUCCCACAAUGUCACGUUCUCCACAGCAUUUUCAUAGACCUGAUGCAGCUUCAUUCUUCAUAGGCAAUGAGCCGUCCAGCGGUCGGAACUCCCCUUACCGACCAGACAGCCGCCCUCUAACACCAACUUACGCUCAGGCCCCUAAACAUUUCCAUGUUCCAGAUCAAGGCAUCAACAUUUAUAGAAAACCACCUAUCUACAAACAGCAUGAUGCAGCUGCCCUGGCAGCCCAGAGCAAGUCUUCCGAUGAUAUCAUCAAGUCCUCCAAGUUCCCAGCAGCUCAUGCUCCAGCACCCAACGAGAUUCCAAAGAUUGAGACAGAAUACUGGCCAGGUCCUCCCUCACUUGCGGCUUUAGUAGGUUCUGACAUGCGACGCAGAUCUACUGGCAGAGACGAAGAUCUUGAGGAGCUUCAGAGGCGUAGGCAGCUACAGGAGGAACAACUGAUGAAGCUCAACUCAGGUCUUGGGCAGUUGAUAUUAAAAGAAGAGAUGAUGGAAAAAGAAAGAUCCAGCAGUCGUUAUGAGUCUUCAGUUAAUUCAUCUCCACGCGCAACUGCCUCUAAAACCUCUUCCCUCCCUGGCUAUGGGAGAAAUGGACUUCAUCGGCCAAUGUCUACAGACUUUGGUCAAUACAACAGUUAUGGUGAUGUGAGCAGUGCUGCUCGAGAUUUCCAGUCCCUCCCAGAUGGUCACGUCCCUGGAAUGCGAAUGGACCGAGGAGUGUCUAUGCCUAACAUGUUGGAACCAAAGAUAUUCCCAUAUGAAAUGCUUAUGGUGACCAACAGAGGGCGAAGUAAAAUUCUGAGGGAAGUGGAUAGAACCAGACUGGAGCGCCAUUUAGCACCUGAGGUUUUUCAAGAAAUAUUCGGCAUGACGAUACAGGAAUUUGACAAGUUACCUCUCUGGAGACGCAACGAAAUGAAGAAAAAAGCCAAACUGUUCUGAAUCAUUCUGUCCCUUUGAGGAGAAAAUAUUGCAAAUAGGAUAAUGUAUUAUACUUAAGACCAAACUUUUUUGGAGAGAGCAAAUGCUUAAGGAGGGGGAAAACAAAACAUAAUAAAAAAAGAGGGGGGAGAAUCUGAGAAAGGCACCCAUCUGUGUAUGCCAUGCGGUUGAGCAAUGGCCUAUCAAGCUUGUCAGAGAGUUGUGGCCCAAAACUGUGUGUAAAAUCUCAGCUGUGAUUUUUAUCCAUUAUCAAGUUUCUACACAACAUAUAUGCAUAAUGUGAAGCUGCUCUGCUUUCCUUAUUUCCCCUUCCCUCUUAUGCAAAGGUCAAGGGCCUGUGUUGAUACGGCAAGGAAGUGCCCAAGGUACACCAUCCUACACUUAGGUAAUCAUGGUCUCUCCAAGGAAUGAAUGAAUACAUUCUCUAGUUAAGGAAGGAAUUCUGUGUAAUAUAUUGACCCUUUGGGCACCACCACUAAAUAAGUACUCAUUGUUUUCAAGCAGCCUGUUAUUUUUGCAGUGUCUAUCAAUGAAGUGGGCCACUGAGACAGCUUUUCUCCAGCCAGAUUCUUCAAGAACAAACUCCUGGAUUCCACUUGCACAUAUCUGCUAAUGAUUUGCUGUGUUGAAUCUUCCCUUCUCCAUUUCACUCCAACUUUAAUUAAUAUUAUUCUUGCUUAAGACAGUUGGUUAAAUGUUAACAAGAGCAACAAGCAACAGAGGGGAAGGGGCUGAGUUUUCUAGUUCAGGAGCAAUUUCAGAUGGAAACCAUAGUAAAACAAAAACUUAGGAUUUAAUGCUAGUGCUCCCUUUGCUGCAGAAGAGUCAUUGUGACACGAUCCGGCCACAUGCUGCUCUGAUCAUGUCUCUAAGGAGGCAAUAUGUGAGUUAAUACCACUUCUCACCUAGGCACCAUCUGUCACGGGCUAGCUGUGGUGUCAAGAGAGGGAACUAUACCAUCCUUGUAUUGUUCCUGCAGUUAUAGUUGCAUUUUAUGAACAUUAAUAGUGUGAGAUGGAACUGGAUUAUGCCAAAACAAGUUCUGUCUCCUUAGUAAAGGAAACGUUUGAAUCAGGAUGAAAUCUGUUGAAACAGACAGGUGCUAUUGGCGCGCAUCUGGUGGCCUACAACACUAAAGAAUGCUGGAACUCUGAUGAGAAGGAAAUUAGAUGUAAACAGUUAUACAAAGACAAUGCUGCGGACACGUCUCCUCCUGGCAGGCUCUGCUGUGAAAAAGUGAGAGGUUAAGCAGUCACUUCUUUGUAUACACCGAUGAUACUGCACAGUAAUAUCAAGUGAAGCAAUGUUUGGUUUCAUUUUCCUCAUGCAAUUGCAAACUCAUGUUUUGCAAAUGAUGGCUUGGGUUUUAUUUUCUCUUAGUAUUACAAAGCUGCCGUGUAGGUUCCUUGUUUAUUUACUCUCAUUGCCUGGACAAAGAAGCAGCACUUCUGACCCAAGUGGGGCUCACUUUAUUACACACUGGGAGUAUUAUAUAAGGUGGCCUCCUGGUAGCCAAACUCCCUGGAAAACAGUGAGUGUUUGUCUAAAAAAAAAAACCUGGACAACUUCUUUUGACAGGACCCAAAGCUGUUCUUUGUCAACAGUAGUGUGCACUGAUAGGCUUCCCCCUUACCUUUGAGUGACGACUGCCACAAUUUAAGGUUUUACUUUUUGUUUCCACUGAAGUGUGCAGGUUUCAUAUUAAUUCUUCACUUAACAGUGCAAUCUCACAUGCUUUCACUCAGAAGUAAGCCCAAGUGCAUUUUGUGAGGCUUAUUCUCAGGUCGCUGCAUAUAAUAUGACAGACUUGGACAUUAAGCCUUAGGAAGAGAAGAUUUGUACUGUAGUACUUUCCACAUUUAGACUUAAAAGCUAACCGUAGUCAUUGAAUGGUAAGUUAGCAUAUAAUCACUUGGUAAGGUUACUAUCUGAACUAGUGAUGGGCACAAAUUGGGGGGGAAAUGGCAAUUCAUCACAAUUUGUAAUUUGUCAAAGUUGACAAAUCAUGAAUUUAUAAAUUUUGGAUGAAUUGACAAAACAAUUUGUCAAGUUGUCUUGGUUUUAAAACCCUAUAAAACUACACACACACCCAGGCAUCUAGAGACAGCAAAAUCACAGAGAAGCUUUCCCUGAUUCUCCUGUACAAGCACCGCAAGUUUGGUGAUGUUUCAGCUUCAGAUGUCUGAGUUAUACACCCACAAAAAGGUCCCCCAGGAAAGGUCCCUCUAGGCGAAGACAUUAAAACUGCACAUGCAGGAACGCGUGAUACUUUAUUGGACCAUUAAGAAAAUAAAAUAAUGUUUUUAUAUAAUGGUCCAAUAAAGGUAUCACCUAUUCCUGCAUUUGUAUUGUUUUGAGUACCACACAGCCUUGUCCUAGUUUUUUAUUUUUUCCAAAAUUGCGGAGGAGCCUCUUUUGACUCUCCUCUUCAAUUCCUCCAAGUUUGGUUAAGAUUGGAUUUCAGACAUCCCAGGUUAUACGCCCACUUUUCUGAGGGGACCCACAUUGUGAGUGUAUGACUCAGGUGUUCGAAACCCAACCUUCACCAAACUUGAAGGGAUUGUAGAGGAGAGUUGGGGAAAGCUUCUCUGUUAUUUUGAUGUCUCUAGGUCCCUGGGGAGAACAUUCGGGGGGGGGCAUCUUUGCAGGCGUAUAACCUGGAUGUCCAAAACCGAAACUUCAUUAAACUUUCAGGGCUAGUAGAGGAGAGUCGAGGAAAGCUUUUCUGCAAUUUUGGUGUCUAGGUGCCUGAGGGCUAUUUUAUUUUCCAAUGAAUUGACAAAUCA